ACUACAAAUAAUAACAUAUGUACCGUGUAGUCUAGACGUCUAGUAUUCUAGUUACGGUAAUUUGUAUAGUAUGUUAAAAUUUUAUAAAUAUUAUAUGUAUUGUUUUUAUUUAACAUUAACAUAGAAUUUUAUACAUUUUCAUUCGACAAUUUAUUAACGUUUAUGAUUCGUUUUCAACCGUAAAAUGGAUGCAGAUUUCGUUCAACUACACAAAGUGACUAGUUUUUUUUUUACCGUUAUAGUUUUGUUGUAGUGUGAGAUCACCAUUUAUAUUUGUAUGUCUAAAAACAAUGGAAAAUGGACUCAGAUUUGUUUGACGAGCACAGUGAUUGCUCUAGUGAAUUAUCAGAAACGCGGUCAGAACUCGAAGCUCGCAUCUACAGCAUUAUCCACCAUAACGAUUUUUCAGGGACAUCAGAAUCACCAUUCAUUGAUCCAAAGUACGGUGUAGAGUUCAAUUCCAAUGGUGAAAUAGUCGUAUUUCAAAAAGAUCCAGCUGAUAUAGUUAUCAACACCCCUAUUAAAUUAUCCGAGGUGUGUACAAAUAGAGUUAUACCAACAAUCAUUUUGGAUGACGAUGAUUUAGAAAUUUCUAAAGAUAUCAGUAGCAUAAUUGAUAACGAAUUUGCUGAAACGAGCUUGAAAAAAAAGAAGAAGAAGAAAAAGAAGAAAAAAAAUGUAAAUGAUGAAAGUAUUGAGGAGUAUAUUAACACUAUUAAGAAUACUGACGCGUUAAAAGAAUAUAAAGAGAAAAGUGGGUUAAAUAAAAUGAAUACUAAAAUUAGUAAAAGUGAUAAUGUUGCACUAAACGUUGUUUCUUUUAACGAACGAGCAAUGCCAAUGACAUCAAGUGAAAUUUUGAAACAAUAUCGUAUUGGAAAACCAACUGAAAAUAGUUUGUGGUAUAGGUGCCCGAAGACAUGGACUCCAGAUAUGAUAAAGUUUUAUACUAAAAUUCAAAAGUCAAAACGAAAUUAUGACUGUAGAGAAGUACUAAACAAAAUUAAAGAAAAAUAUGGUUCCAAUCCAAUCGACUGGUCCUUGGAUCCCAUGGAUUUAUAUAAAUCUAACUCAAAUACGCCUAGAAUGAGAUGUAAUAUUUGUAGACAAUUCGGUCAUACUGGGUAUAAUUGCAAGGAUCAAUAUAAACCUCCAAUUUGUAUCAUGUGCGGAGUGGAAGGACAUCAUUUUCAUAGUUGUAAUAAAAAAAUAUGUUUAUCGUGCGGAACUUGGCAAAAAAAUUUUACAAAUAAUUGUAGUAUCUGUUUAUCAAUGAUUAAAGUCAAAUGUAAUAUGUGUAAUGAUGUUGGUCACGAAUCAAGUUAUUGCACAGAAACCUGGCGUCAAUUUCAUAGUACUAUUUCUACUGCACCAGAACCUGAAAGUAACAAAUUUGCUCAAUCUACUUCUAGAUCAAAUACUGAGUCAAGGCAAUCUAGUACAAGAAAGUCUGAAUCUUCAUCUUCAUUAUCUCCCAUUGUUAAACAGAUAAGUAAAAAUAGUCCAAAAUCUGUUGAUUCUGGUAAAUCUAAAAAAGCAAAACGAUUACAAUCCAAGAUAAAACAUUCAAAAACCAAAAAUCAAAGUAAUCUCUCAAUUUCUGAUAAUGAAUCCAUAAAUAUUGAUGUUAAUAUACAAGAUGUAACAUUGAAACGCACUCUAACAAAAAGAAAUUUUUUCAAGAAAAAAAAAUUAAAUGUUAACAGUUCAAUAUAAAAAUUUGAGAAUUGAGAAUUCAAACGACUAUUUACUUAAAAAUAAUAGAUUAGAUUUUUAAUGUGUUAGCAUAUACUGAGUUUUUUUAUUUAGUAUCAGUUGUUUAGUAUAUAAUUAUAUUAAGUCUAAUAUAAUCUAGUGUAAAUUCUAUAAUUUCACAUUGUGCUGGUUAGUAUUGUUUAAUGUCACAUAAUUAUUUGGGUAUCAGUUUGGCAUUGCAAAGGUUUUGAUGUACUAAAGGAAAUUUUAAUAUUAUUUUUAUCAUUUUAAUAUGUCAAUGUAUUAAAACGUAUAUUACAUUUCCAUCAUUGCUCAUAUCAAAGUGGUUUGGACUUCUAAUAGAAAUCUAUUUAUUUAAUUAUUUUUAAAGUUUAUUGCAUACAUAUUUAGUAUUUUGUUUGAAUAAGAAGAUGGAUGAAAUAUGAUGUUGAUAAUAUUUAAUUGUUAAAAUACUGUAUAUCUUAAUUAACAGGGAUAUCAAUGUUAAAUAUUGUUCAUCUACUUUAAUUUUCAUCCUCAUCUUGUCUUUAUGCAACUGUAUUUGGAAAUUUUUUUUAUUAUCCGAAUCAUAGACAAUUUUUUUAAUUUUUAAUAGUUACCUUUAUUGACAGUCCAAUAAAAAUUGUUUAAAUAAUCUGUUAUUUAUCAUGAUAAUAUGUAAUGGAUUCAAUUAUUAUAAAUAUAUAAAUGUAAUGCAAUUUUUUUAUUUUGUAA